AUGUUCCUGACCGUCGCCAACAAGCCUGCAGCGGACCUAAAUCAGGCAAGAUUAGAGCUGGAGUUCCCCGAAGAAGCUCGGCGAUUGUCAAACGGUGAAGGAUUGCCUGGCGAGAUCGGGAAUAUUCUCCUCACGGCAAACAUGCGGGUUCGCCUGACUCACAAUGUCAACAAGGAGGAAGGCUUCGUCAACGGCAAUACAGGCACGGUCAGAAAGGUUCUCCGUCCAGAUGUGUUCGUGAUGGAAAGCUCGCAGCAGACAUGCAUUUUGGUGUACCCCAUCACCGUCAAAGGCCACAAGUACCUGCCAGUGGCCUACGGGUAUGCCACUACAAUGCGGCGAGCGCAGGGGGCCACCUUGGAAGCAGUCGGAUUGCUAUUCGACCGUCGCGUGCCCGACAGAGGCUACGCGUAUGUCGGCACGUCACGGGCAAAGGCCCGCACCAUGGUCUUUCAUCUUGGCCGGCUCCGCCAGACGGAUUGGUUGCCUGUUGGCGGAAACCCAGACGAAGAACACACCUCGCUUUCCGUCUUCAGUGAGUCGAGCGCUGAACAGGAGGAGUCGGAGGAUCCCCCAACAGAGAGCGUAGAGGCAGCCACCAGCGACUUCGAUUUCGACCACGA